GGUUUUCCACUUUGCUCAUGCUUUUUUCCUUAAAAUAAUAACAACCUCCCUAAGAUGACCUCACUUUCCACUAUUGGUGGACUGAGUGUUGAUUAUUUUUAUACUGUGUUAGUGAAAUCUCUUAUUCUGCCAUCACCAACAGCGGCUGUUCGCAGAAAUGACACAGACCAGCAAAGAUUUCUCACUGGAAAGUAUAUCCAACAAGGAUGGGUGUAUUUUCAUACCAGUUUUUAUUUUAUUUCUUCCACCAAGAAGUCUUGGCAAGACAGUAGAAAGUUUUGUCAGGAACAAAGUGCAGAUCUGGUGAUUAUAAACACCGAAGAGGAACAGGAUUUUACAAGACAGUUUCACAGACUCACAUGGAUUGGAGUUCAUAAUGUGUCCAGAACAGGACAGUGGACAUGGGUGGAUGGGACUCCACUGACAAAAAGCUAUUGGGGAUCUGGAGAGCCAAACGGUUACGGAGGCAGAAAUGAAAACUGUGUGGAGAUAAGGUUCUUUGAUCAUCAAAACAGCUGGAAUGAUAUACCAUGUGAAGAUCAAAACUUUUGGAUCUGUGAGAAAGAAGAAGCUUUGUAAAGAAACAAUUCAAGCCAGAGAAAGGUGAAACAGAUGUGAAGUUAACUGAACUCCAAGUUCAAUCGUUGAUGAAGAAAGCUGCUUUCAGUUCUAUGCUGAAAAAUUGACUUUAGAUUUUAACUGAGGAAUAGGGUGUCAUAUAAUAAUAAUAAUUUAACUUUAUUGAUCUCACCAUGGAGCAAUUUGCCUCUGCAUUUAACCUAUCCCCUUGGGGAGCAGUGGGCUGCAUUUAUGUGGCGCACAGGGGAGCAGUAUGGGGUUAAGGGAAUAGAACUGGGUACUUCUACUGGUAACCUUCUUAGAGCAAAAGCACACUGCUCUUACCUCUAGGCCAACACUUCAAACAAUGACUCAUGCAUAAUUUACUCUGAAAGAGCAAAUAGUCAUAUGAAAGUAAUGAGUAAUAUUUUUGUUAAUUGGAAAAUAACCAGUACUGGAUGUGAGAGUUAAUUUACCUUGUUUGCCAACAUAAAAAAAAUAAUCAAAAAGUACAUUUGAAAAACUUAUAUUUAAAAUCUGAAUUCAUGUAUUACAAUUAGUAAAUUGGGGGCACACACAUGCAAGAAUGAUGUGUACUGCAGGAAUCUCACUAGAGACUGCAAACAAACACAACAUAUCUAUUUUUCUGUUACCUCUAUUGUUCAACAGCAAAUAUUGACAAGUUGGUCUCUCACCACAGUUACCAAUUUAAAAUUAAUUGAAUCACUGUACAAAAAAUCUCUAAAAGUGUUUGACCAAAAAUCUAAUUCUUUCCAUGUAUGUAAUAUUUUAAACAAGUACAAUCUUUUAAAUUUUGAAAAUUUUAUAAAUUUUAAGUAUGUAUGCUUCAUUUAUAAAGCUCUACAUGGACUAGCCCCACCUCCUGUGUCUACUCUGUUCAAACACAAGACUUCAGGUGGCC